CCAGUAUCCCCCCAUGGUUGUCCGCCUGCCAGUGUUCUAUACAUGAUACAUCUCAGCGCGCGUCAAUAAACUCACGGUUUACUGCUGGUGGUUCUUCGUUCCCAACAUCAAUGCAUCACGCGCUAUUCCAUUCGUAAUUGAACACCGGUAAUAUUAACGCCUAGCUCAAUUCGUCAGAUACAUUGAUGUUCUUACUCGAAGCGGUGCGCCUUCCCGUCAGGCACGUACAUAACCUUCUCUAGCUAGGGUCAACCCUUCUUAUAGUUCGAUGCAUAAAUCAUUUCCGUUUCUUGCCUCUCACUUACUAUCGGGUUGCCUCUGGGUGUAUAGGCACUACCAUGUACUUCCUCCCUUGGGUGUCGUUGUUUUUCAGCAUCCUUUGGGCCUCCGCGGUAGCUGCCAUCCCAUCACCCACUUAUAAGAGGGCUUCCAGUCCUUUUGUGAGCACCAGUGGCCCUGACUUUGUGGUGAACGGGAGUUUAUUGAAGUACAUCGGUACUAACGCUUAUUGGCUACCUACGCUAAACACGAACGAAGAUAUAUGGAACACGCUUGGGAACAUAUCAGCUCUCGGCAUCAAGGUCAUCAGAUUGUGGGCAUUCAACGAUGUGGACACCAUUCCCGUGAAUGGUACUUGGCUACAGCUUAUCAAGGAUGGUACCGUUUCCGUCAACGAUGGGCCGAACGGCCUCCAGAAGCUUGACACUGUCAUCCAAAUGGCCGAGCAACGAGGACUAUACGUCAUUCUAUCUCUUACGAACAACUGGGACCCUUUCGUGAACUCGAGCGCCGUCACGAACAGCUCCAUUCCUCGCAAUUAUCUAUCCAACAAUUACGGUGGCAUGGAUCUAUAUGUUCAACAAUUCGGCCUCCAAACUCAUGACCAGUUCUAUACCAACCCGUCAAUAUUAACGUCUUUCAUGAAUUACACAACGCAAGUGGUCUCCCGCUACGUGAAUAGUCCAUCGGUCUUCAGUUAUGAAUUGGCGAAUGACCCCAGAUGCAACUCUACAUUGCCAGCAUCUCCUACCUGCACGACUGAAACGAUCACGACCUGGCAUGCGACGGUAGCUGCGCACAUCCGCAGCAUUGAUCCAAACCACCUCAUCUCUUCGGGUGUCGGAGGAUAUAUGUGUACAGAUUGUCCGAAAUUAUACCCUCUGACCCCAUCGCCAGCGCCUCCUGCCCCAUCGCCGGCUCCUGGAAAAAAGAAGCGCAGCCAAGGAAAACCCGUAACCAAGGAGCAAAUCCUUCGAGAACGAUCGGAGAGGAGACGCCGCAACAGGGAAACUGCGAAACGUGCGGGAACUCUGGUGGAAGACGGCGUGCGAAUAAGAGGGCGGUGGGUUUCGACAGCUACCAAGAGGCAACAGACUUCGACUACAGGGUCAAUGUAUGACGGUUCAUACGGCGUCGACAGUCAAGACAUCUCGAACAUUCCAGAUAUUGGGUUCUCUUCCUUCCAGUUAUUCCCCGAUCAGCAAUCAUAUGGUCCUGAUGACCCGAACGUUGCGCCUUGGCAAAGUGUAGAGCAAAACGGUGCCCAGUGGAUCACCAAUCAGGCCCAAAGUGCCUCUGCCGUCGGGAAACCUGCGGUACUCACUGGCUUUGGUCUAGUCACGCAAAGCAAUGCUCCUUACUUCGUGCCAUUUAACUCUACGGUUGCUCCAUUUGCUACUGACGGUCAGUCGGGGAUUACGUUAGGUGCCCGCAGGCUACUGAAACGACAAUCAACCACGAGUUAUGGUGUGACCAGCCAACAGCAAGCAAGCACUUACACGUCAUGGAUUAAUACUGGUAUUGCUGCGGGACUCAACGGCAUAGUCCAGUACCAGUGGGGUCAGUCCGGCCUUACAACUGAACCUGGUACUACCGUUACCCCCACUACUACCACUGGAGAAACGUCUACGCCGAGUAGCCCAGGAGAGGUACCCACUCCCCAAGAAACCACUGGCGAGUCCCCCAAUGAUGGUUACUCUAUUACUGGCUCCACUACUGAUCAACAAAUCCUUGGGAGCGCGUCCCAGUCCAUUGCCGCGGACUGAAAGACACUUGACCUCAUAUUUGAACGAACGCUACAUGACUUGCUCCCGGAAUCAAUGGACAUGUGUCACAUUGUUGUACAAUCUGGUGAUGAAAUCGCGCUACCCUUCUUGGACAUCUGUGCGGACUUCCGGUACAAUUGUUUUUACAAAUGUGUAACUUCAUAUACGUAUAUACUACUGAGGUAUCGCGAGUAGAAGUUGUUCUUGUAACGUAGUGAUUUUAUAUAUUGUUGUGACUCGAUUA